AUGUACUUGGAGACCAGAGGAGUACAACUGAUCAUCGGACGUGAGGAGCUAAAAAAAUCACAUCUAUCUAUUUGCCAAAUAAGAUUAUUCCAAAGAAGCCAAAGGCAAUUUAUCUUGAAAGCUUGAAUGUUGUCAUGCAUGACUUGUGAGGAGGGACUGUGUCAAACAUGGAUUAAUUAUAAAUAUUAUAAUUGUUUUCAUUGGGGGUUAAAUGCACCUUUGAAGGCUUACAUACAGUAAUCCUCACCAUAUCAUGCAGGAGGAUCAUAUGGGUCUUUCAUAGGCUCACUAGUAGCUGUGGUCCUGGUCCUUGCAUUGGUGGUGGGAGUUUACUGUAUUACCAAGAGGAGGACACCUCCACAGUCACCAGGUCAGUAAUGUGACAGUCUAACAAUCUAACACGUCUACAAAUGUCAAAGAUGGCUAUCAACACCGAUGGUAACAACACUCAGUCAGCUCAUGUGACUGUUGCUUCAGUGUCAUAGCUCACUUUAGAAGUUUUUUAUGUUGUGGUUUCGAGUUUGCAUUAGAGUAGGCCUAGAUACAUUUCGAUUGGCCUAUUUCCAGAUCUACAGUUUGGCCAAGUGCAUGUGAAGGAGGUGAAUGGAUGCUAUUUCUAACUUUGAAAAUCAACAUUAGAGCUUAUGUAGGCUGCUUACAUACUUCAAAUGUUAAAUGUCAAUAAAUGGUGUGUGCAGUAGCCUACCAUUUUUUCCCCAAACACUCAUGUCAACAUCUCCACACAGAUGCUGAUGAGAGUCCAGAACUGGAAUAUGCUGAUAUCACUAUUCGAAAAAAGAGGGAGAAACAGAGGGAGGUUCCGGAGGAGGUGGUGUAUGGACAGAUUGUAGUGCUGGAGGGUGCAAGACAAAACAAUGAGUGAGAUAGUCCUGAGGGACAGGAGGAGACUGUGUAUGCUGGAAUACAGUUUGGCCAAUUAGAGCUGCAUGUUUGAAGGGUUGGUCUUUAGAAGUGGUACUGAAGCCUUGUCGCUCCAUUUGUUACUGUAACGAAUAGUAUUACGUUUCCUCUAUUACUGUUUAUAUUUCAUGACAUUCACUGCUGAGGGUUUUGUACAUUCUUUACCUAAAUAAAUAACCCAACAACUGGACUGUCUACAUAUGUCAUGGUCUCUAUGUUACUGAUUUAAUGUUUUAUAUAUUUAUGUUUAAUUUUUUAUUUUUACAAACUCUCUCAACAAUGUUAUUGCACAGUAGUAAAAGUUGUCAUUCACUGCAGAACUUUGUGAUUGAAAGGACUGUUCCCCAAGUGUGUCCUCUAUGGAAGAAUGGUUCCUAUUUUUGGUUCCCUUCACUUUUUUCUGAAGCAUAUCUUAUUUUGCAUCUAAUAAACAAACCCAAUUUAUCACAGUUUGAGCUUUUACAUAGGUUUUGUUAAUGUUGUAAAUUGUCAGGUCAUGGAAAUUCAGCACUGAAUGGAAAAUAGAGGAUUUUGUUACAGUACAGUAUAGCUUAAUUUGCUAACUUGAGCCCUGUGUUGUGUAGAGACAUGAAGGCUCUGUUUGGACUGUUGGUGAUGUUAGCAGGAGUGUCUCCUGGUAAGAAGUUUCUUUAUGUGUCGAUUUUCCCUCUUGUUUUACACAUGAUAUACAGUAAGGAGCCUAGUUUAUAUCAUAUAGAAAGUGAACCACUUGAUCAAAGCUCUUUGUGGUAUACUAUAGGCUACCCAGAAUCCCUUUUGUCAAAUUAAUACCUCUCAUAAUGACUAAUGAAAGAUACAGAGACAAUAUUCAAAACACUGAAAAAUAUAGACUUGUCUUGUUAUUCAUUGUCUUGUGAUAAGUAUAACUGAUUGAGGUACUGUUAUGUUGAAUAAUAUCCUGAUGUCAUUGGUUUGGUUUGGUUAUACUGCUGCUUGCUUGUAUUCUCAUCCAUAAAAUUAUACCUCAAAACUAUGACAGUAAUAUUCACUACAGUGUCUAUAUUCCUCUUGAUUUUCAGGCAUGGAGACCCCAUGUGAUGCUACACUGGAUGGAGCUCAUUGUUAUGGAGCUCUGGGAGGAACUGUCUCUCUCCAGCUGAUGACCAUUGUCAGUGGAGUCCCUGACAUAUAA